CAGCAUGAUCUGAACUGGCGGGAGGACUUCGCCUGGAGGAGGGACGACAACCAGUUCCGCUCUCCGUUGUCAGCUGUUCCGCGACAGAAACCCGAGUCCUGUGUUUACUCCGAUCUUUGUCGUGGAGAUACGUCUAAGCUACGAAAACGAAUCCCUUCAGGAGCGCCCCAGUGCCACGUCUCCUCCCGUGGCUCGCCCCUCCUGGUGCUGCAGCCUGUCCAGUGGGAGCACCUGAGUCACGACCCAGAGAUGGUCAUCUUCCCGAAUUUCUUGUCGGACGAGGAAAUCAGGAUCAUUAUUUACAUAUCACGCGGCCAUAUGACGAAGGACCCGGGCAGCGGAGGGCGUCAGUCACACCAAGUAUUCCUGGCCAACACCUCGCACCCUUCGAUCCUUCGCCUUUCGCGCAGGAUCGAGGCCGUGACGGGUCUGUUCGCGCACGAAGAGGCGACCGAGAAGGAGGCUGCGGGAGAUCCUCUUAAGGUCCGUUACUACGGCACAGGGGGGCAUCUGAAUCCCCACGUUGACGUCUUCGCCAAACACCUCAACUCGACGUGUGACGGUAAUCCAUUCUGCUCUCUGUCUGGGGAUCGCAUGGCCACCUUUAUGUUAUACCUGAACGACGUAGAAGCUGGCGGAAAUACAGCCUUUUACAACAAUGACGUGGCCAUAACACCGAAAGCUGGCACGGGUGUCUUCUGGUACAAUUUGAAGAGGAACGGCGAGUACGACCGCAGAAUGGACCACGGAGGGUGCCCGGUUCUGCUGGGUUCCAAAUGGGUCGCUGUGAAGUGGAUGCGCGAGAAUUUAAACUUCCUUCGGCGCCCGUGCUCGACUAACCCGGAGGAAUAAUGAUCGGAGCCUCGCCUGUUUCAUUUGUAGAUUUACCUGUAACAUUUCAUGUAUUCAUCUACUUUUGAUUAACAGGUUUCGUAUUGAGAAAUGAGAAUUGUUACGAAUUCGCUGUGUAUAUUUUCUUACCGUGUGCUGAUUUGUUCAUUAGUCUCUAUUUCUAUAUAUUAUGUUUUACGGUUAACUUUACAUUCUAACUUUCCAUAACAGUUUUUGAAAUAUACGGCAAAUACAUUUUCGUGACACUUAUGUGAACUUUCGUGCAAAUUUUCAUAAA